AGGUUGGUGUUCUCCUCUAUGAGACCCUUUGGAUGUGUAGCAUUAAUUGCCAAGAUCGAAUCCACUGACACAAAUGUUCCUCUCCUGUCUCAGAGAACAACCGGCAAUGGAAGCACCAGCUGCGGAAUGGUAUUCUGAUGCGGGAAUGGGUGGCAAUUUCUUCGACCAGUGGGACGUGAUAGAUCAGUUCACUGCACAAGAAAUUGCAGCGGCUCUCGAGCAAGACUUGCAGCGAUCCUUCUCCUCGGAGAGCUACAACUCCUUACCUGCGGACCAGCCACCGGCGAGCGCCGAAAGGCCAAAGAAGACCCUCAAGGCUGGUAGCUGGAGUUCCUGCACCACCGAGCAGAACUCGGCUCUGGUACCUAACGCCUCGUCUCCAAGCAUCCUCUCCUUCGGCAACCCGGACUCGCCGAGCGACCAGAACAACAUAUACGGGGGUCUCGUCAGGGUGGUGAAGCCGGAGAAGGAGAUGGAUGCUUUGGUGCAUCACGGAUCCAAGAGGAACUACGAAGCCACGGUUGGGCAGGGAUCCAAAGGUGUCAACACGGGGACAAGGUCAACGUAUCACAAGGAACACAUCAUCGCCGAGAGGAAGCGAAGGGAGAAGCUCAGCCAGAGAUUCAUAGCUUUAUCAGCCAUCGUUCCCGGCCUGAAGAAGAUGGACAAGGCUUCUGUUCUCGGCGAUGCUAUCAAGUAUCUGAAGCAACUCGAAGAAAAGGUGAAGAUCCUGGAAGACCAGGCCGCAAAGAGGACCGUUGAGUCUGCAGUUCUCGUCAAGAAAUCUCAGCUCUGUGCUGACGACGACAGUUCCUCCUGUGACGAGAACUUCGACGGGCAACAAUGCGGUGACAGCCUCCAAGAGAUCGAAGCCAAGAUGUCGGAGAAGGCCGUCCUCGUGAAAAUUCACUGCGAGAACCGCAAAGGAGUACUGGUGAAAGCACUCUCUGAAAUCGAGAAGCUCCACCUGUCUGUCGUCAACACCAGCGUCAUCCCUUUCGCUGGUUCCUCUCUUGAUAUAACAGUGAUGGCUCAGAUCGAAGAAGGGUUCGACAUGACAGUGACGGAUCUGGUGAAGAAGCUGAACUCUGCUUUCAGAAAGCUUACAUGAAGAAUAUAGCGGAUGGUAGCUGAGUAGAGUAGGGUGGUUCGUUCUGUCUUUUUAGAGCUCGCACUCUUGAACACAAGGGCUUAGAUACCCCCCCAACAUUGCAAAGACCACCAUUUUGGUUUCGCUUUUGUUGAUUAGGCCUCUCUCGAUCCAUGUUUUUGUGUUCUGUCUUCGCUGCAUCCUCCGUUUUGCAUGGUUGAGUUAGUCGACCAUGCUUUCAUGGGAGAAGACAUGGACAAUUCUAGUUGUUGUCUCAUCAUCUUUUUGAGGGAUCUCUGGGGUGUUUGCUUUCAGCACACUCUUCCUUCUUUCUUUCUUUCUUUCCUAAGAGGCCCUUUUUCUUCCUCUGAUGAGGUUGACUUUUGUAAACCUACUUCUUGGCUUCCUCUGCCAACUUCUUUGUUUCCAAAAGCUUCAGUGUGGAAAAAAAUGGUGAUCUUUUUAUUCUGGGGGUGUAACAAAGUCCUUGUUUAAGCAGUAUGGGUGGUCCUUUUUCUAGGAUGUCGAUUCCUAUUUGUCUGCGUCCCUUCUCUUUGUGUGUUGGUGUGUCUGAGAGAGACGACGAAGCUGUAGUUGUUGCUGCUGCUGCCGUACUUAUUUCACAAUAAUGUGUACAAUAAAAGUCCCUGUUCAUUUGGUGGCAUGUAAUGUAUGGGAGUCGAGUCAUGAGCGAGUUUUUGCUGCUGGUCAUGUCAUGUGACUUUUUUAAGAGGACACAGCAGGGAAAUUAUUGUUGCAUGAUGGCCCUGCAAGAUCUUAUCAAGAAUCUAAUGUGAAGUUGUGCUUUGAGUCGCA